GUCGCGUGAGCUUGCCUCCGGGAUCCAUCGGAUGAGCGAGAUCUCUUCGCCGUUCAACUUGUGUAGUGCAAACGACGGAGUGUCAAGAGAGCGGGUGAGCUCGCUCACUUGGUACAGAGAACAAGAUGACAGUGGCCAUGUCGGAGCUUGCAUCCCGCAUGAAGUCCUUCGAGGCGGUCUCACAGGCAGCUACGUCCGCCAAGGAUCCUGAAGCGAUCUUGGGUUUAGCCGGGGUCAUAUGGGAUGACAAGGGUGAAACGACGUAUGCUAGCUUCUUUGGCCGACAGAAGCUCGCUACUGGGUCUCCUCCUCUUAACCUCGAGACGACAUUUUCACUCUAUUCUGCUGGCAAGUUCUUGACUCACAUCGCUGCGAUGCAGCUCGUCCAAGCUGGAUUGAUCGAUCUCGACGAACCAAUCGAACGGCAUGUCCCGGAGUUCAAGGACAUGCCAUUGAUCUACCUGUCCCGUUCAGAUGACGCAGCUUCCAUCACUCUCACCAACUCCAACCCUCGGGGCUAUACCACCCGCCCAGCUGGACGAUCCUUGACCCUUCGACAUUUCUUGACCAAUUCCACGGGUAUCAUGGGAGAAGAUCAUCCUCUUGCUACUUCGUGGGAGACACACGCGGUACCAGGAUCACCUGAACGGCCAGUCUGGCCGGAAGAUACGAAACCCAUUAUCAAGCUGUGUUGGAGACCUCUUAUCCAUGAGCCUGGGGAUGGGUGGAACUAUGGACACGAAGUUCAUUUCCUCCAAGUCAUCAUUGAGAGUGUGUCUGGUCAAUCGUUUCAAUCUUACAUGAAGGAGAAAGUGUUUGAUGUCCUGGCUCUCGAUUCAACGACGUACCUUCCUGCUAAUCGUCAAGACGUGUUGGAGCGACAACUUGAAAUGGUCGAGCGGGUAGAUGGGCUAUUACGCUCAGCUAUGGACGCUGUUAAUGGAUUGACCUGUAGUCUGAACGAUGUAGGCAAGAUCAUGCUGGAUUUGACUUGUUCUCAACCUCGAUUAUUGGACGUCAAGACUAGAGCUAUGUUGUACAGAUCCGGCCUGGAGGGUCAGGCCCUCGAGGGGUUCAGAGCUCAAGCAGGAGAAUUUGCAAAGCAGUUGGAGCUGAAGGACGCCACGGCCGUCAACUAUAGCCUUGCUGGCGUUAUGCUGGUCACUGAAGAUGGACAGAAUGUUCCGGCUGGGACAUUGACAUGGGAUGGGAUGGCCAACGUCGCAUGGGCGACAAAUCUUCAUCUAGGUAUCUCAACUGUGUUUGCGACGCAGCUCUUACCGGAGUACGAUGAGCAUAGCAUGCGGCCUAGAUUGGAGUUCUUUAGAGGAGCUUUUGGUGCGCAGCAGCACAGAAUCUGAGGAAAUGUGACAGCGUUUUUACACCUUGCAUGAAACUAUA